AUGAUGUUUAGGAAUAUUUUACGAUUUUUAAGCUAAUUAAAAUAAAUAAAAGCAUUUCUAUUUUCAUAUUUUCCUAUAAUAAAUAAGCAAAGGCUAUUAUUUGCAUGCCUUAUUAAUUUUAAUUAGGAAUAUCAUAAAAACACUCCAAAAAGCCAGCACUUGUAUGAUGACCCAGCGCCAAAGGUUUUUCAAUUAAUUUGCCAACUUUUUGGACAAGAAAGAAGGCCUCCUGCACACAUUUUAGCAUUUGAAGCUUUGGAACAUAUGAAUAGUGAUUAUAUGAAGCAAAGUAAUAAUAAAUUAGCGUUUCCAUCAAUGACAUCUGAAUAUAGCAUACACAAAAAUAUCACUUUAAUGCAUUUUUCGAUGAUUGUGCAGAGAUUUGAAUAUGAAGAAACAAGAGAAUCAAUCAAUGAGGCAGCGAAAUUUUAUUUAUUGUGUGAAAAAUAUAUAUUUGAAAGAUAUUUGGAUUUAGUUGAAAAUUUAUACUUUUUUAAAUAUUUAAAAAAUAAUUUAAAAAAUAAUAAAAAGCAAUAAUUUUUUAUUAAAAAUAAAUAUAUAUAGCUUUUAUGAUAUAAUUGACGUCCCAGUCGCUGAAUUUGAAGCAGAACUAGUUGAAAUGCUCGUAAAAGAUUUCGAGUCAAUUGACAGAAGCAUUGCAUGCUAUGGCUACAAAAAACCUUUUAUUGUUUUAGAAGAAAUUCCUGGCUAUAAUAUUCAAGGAGUUAUCAUAAAGUAGCAAUUAUUUAGCGAAAUCUUUGAAAAUCGCAUCAAAAAAAAUGAUUCACAAGUAAGCAAGCUUUAUGAAUAUUUUGAGGAGCACGUAAGAAAUAAAUAGAAAAAAUACCUAGAGUCGUUAACCUAUCAUCAGUUUAUUAAUGAAAAAAUAAAUUGGGGUUUAUUUAAAGAUUAA